AUGGACGGUAUUUCGGAAUCGUAAGUAUUUGCAUAGAUAUUCGACUCGAGUCGAAUUUCCGACCCUUUACUUAUACUCUGCUUAGCUCCUGCAGUUGUUCUUUCUAAUUCAUAACUUACGAGCAGUUCAUAUAUCAUCGAUGACAUUAUAAUUGCCCAUAUCCACCCUUGUGGGUUAGUUUGCGAUUUGUUUUGCGAUUGGUUGACUCUUGUCAGUAGCCCCUGUAAGCAAAUUUCGCUCAGCAGUCCUUCUGCGUGUUUAGCGCCAGUGGUUCGGAUGGGUCAGCAAGACUGGGCUAUUUGUACAGGCCGUGUUCAGUUGGCCAACUAAAUCGCUAGUCGUUUACAAGCCGGGAAAUCCGAGGUGCUUGUUCAUGGCUAGGCAGAAGCAACUGCGCGGGUAUCUUACAUACGUGUAGCCGUAUGUACAAGAAGCACUCGGGAAUAGCACACGAGGAUAAAGCCCCCACGGAGGCGCACGUACGCACAAAUGGCUGGCGGUGAUCAUCGAUCACAUGAUUCCUAUUUUCCCUCCACUUAUACCAUCGGCAUGAAAACUCUUCUCCGACUCGCCCUUCUUUGAUUUUUACUGGGCAUACGAGUAGCCAAAUUGGAUUUAACACCCCUGCAGAUCCCGUCCGAAAAAGUAUCCAGUAGUCAUUUAUUCUUUUAAAUAUCCAUCGGCUGACUUCGACUGACUGGCCAAUUAGCUCUCAAGGAAUGCAGAGAGCAAAAACAGCGCCUACCAUCCACCGUGACCCACCAAAUUUUCUUUUAUUAGUCUUCUUGCGUCCUUUUCUGUUAGUAAAAGUCACCUUAUCUGAUCUCAUUUAGUCGAAUUUUGCCGUGAAAGCACGACGUACAGAAUAAUAUUACAGACUUAAUAUGCAUGGGAAUGAGUUUCCUCCUUUUGAAGCAGCUCCACUGUGCUUGUGUCUGUUUCUGCAUAUCCUCCAUCAAGUUAGUUCAAGUCGCCUGUAUCUUCGCGCCCCUCCUCCUGUACCUGGCCAAUCUGUUUGCUGCCUUUUAUCCUUAGAUCAAUAGAGCAAACUUCAGCGUUAGACUAGCAAUAAAGAAAAAGGUCACAAACAAGUUCCGCCAUAAAACAAAGCCACAUAAAUAGGUAGGGUGUUUUCUGAAGGCGUGGAUAGCUAUAGUAAGACGCACUAAAUUUAGUAAAACCUAUUGCUGAUAGGCCUGCACCUUAGCGUCUGGUGUGUACUAUCGGAUCCUAAACGGUCGAUCUUGUCCACAGUCCAUUGAUGUUCUAUCAUCACUGAUCUGAUUGGCUGCGUCUAUGCUUCGUGUUUGGCUUUUUGGUACGUCUGGAUGGCUGCCACUUUGUCGUUGCCCAUGAUCACUUUCUCUACUGGAAAAACCAUAGGCCCCUUCCAGCGAAGUCCAGUCUUCUAGCCAACUUGUUACCUUGCCGCCUUUGUCGAGACGAGUAACUUUCUGACUUGCUUAGCCCGCUGUUUUUGACUGAUAACGCGAUAUUUACCGCCUUGCUUCCCUUCUAUGAUUACUUGCGUUCCUCAUUUCUCUGUCGAAAUUUUACCAACAACCCAACUUUUUCGAAACGACGCAUUUAUACCAACAGCAUUUGAGCUGAAAUAUAGUGUUUUGAGUCUUGGAAGUCAGUGACUUGCAUAUGAAUCUCUUGGCAUCUAUAAAAGCAUGUUAUUGGCUCCUAAAAAACAGGCUCACAGAGGGGAGUUUACAGUUUGGUUAGUUCUGCCUUCUUUUACCGAUCGUCUUCAGCAAAUGGACGGUCGUAAUCCUGAAUUCACCACUCUUCUGCUACAAUGACAUCUAACUUGCGUCAGAAUUAUUUGUUCAGUUACCUGAAUGCCUCGGCUGCAUUGCUAGCGACGAUCAUAAAUCGCAGACUGCUGUCCGUGGUUGUGAUAGAGUAGGUAUAGCGAUGGAUGAUGGUACAGGUCACAGUUGGGAUUCCGGUCCCUUCCACCGGUUUGCUUCCUCCGUUUCUUCCAUGCCUAGAGCAAUUAUUGUCACUCUAUACUGGUGCGUUUUGACUCAAAUCAGUCAUUUCAAAGUGAGCCCUAGGCACUUCUCCCGACCCUCGCUAAAAAGUGCUUAUGACGUACAAAUAUAAGCCUGCUCUCUUCUCCUACAUGAGGUGUGGUUCAAAUUGAGAUUGCACACGACCUAGUGCCUGCAAAAUUUCCACCAAUUACUAUGUAGGUCAUGUGGGACUUCAAAACCCUUGAUAUAGUCAAAUUAAUAAACUUGUAUCUUAGUGUAAUUUGGAUUUUGAAUUAGAAUGUAAUACAAAUUUCGAAUACUUCGUAGGCCACAGUUCUCAUUUGUUAAUUUUUACUCAGUUAUCUCUUUCCUUUUAGCAUAUUGACGAACACUCCGGCCGAUACUCUCGCACAGGACUUGUCUGCCGCCAAACUAGAAGACUGUUCCCCCCUACAGUUGAUGUUUUCUCGUCUCGUUGCUCAAGAAGGUCCGCACUUCCGCCAUCAGACUCGCGACGAACCACCUUUAACGGAGGAAGAGAAGAUUAAAAUUGUAUCAGAUCUCUUCCUCAGAAAUCCUGGUCAAUUCUUGGCACGCUAUAGUUCCUUUCUCGUGUGGCCCGAUGACGCGGGAUGCUUUGAUCAACACUUGGACGACUUCACUGUGCAGUUUUAUCUCAAGAAAGCCGGUGUAGAAUUUCGUGCUGUCGAAAAUUCACCUAAUAAACUAACAAUUGCGCCGAAUGAGAGCGCUCUCGGCAAGAGGCACUGCCGUAUAAGGAAUCGCCGUUUUAAAGUGAGUUUCUAUGGCAUGUCCCCUCGUUCCAUAGGUUUAUCUGCAGCCUGUUUUCCCUUGACUCUGCACCCCAACGAGUCACCGCCCGGAAAAGAUAUAAAAUGUUCAACCCCGACUGAACUGCGAUAAACCUCUGUUUUGAGCUUGUGACCUCGAGUAGGAAUAAGCGUCUCAUGAUUUGGGGAGUAUUAGUAUUGAGGCCAAAUGUGAGUCCGCGCUCCUCACUCGCGUUUGCCCAUCUGAAUUCGACGUAAAUAUAGCGUUAACGCAAAAUUGGGGAGACAUUGCAUUAAAUCUGCACCGUAUCCAGAAAUGUAUUUUGCGAUCAAACUGUCCAACUGUGUUUAAAGGGGUUCCCAACCGAGGCCGUGAGAGUGAAAAAAGUGCCGCUCUGCAUCUCAGAAAGCUGAUUUAUUUAUUUUCUGGCUCUGUGGUAACUGGAUUGGCUUGAAAUUCAUAAGUUCCUGCCUAGUAUGUUCAGUCGGACUCACGCAGUGACGGCUAACUCAGUCAAAGUCUCGAAUGACCUCGAAGUCAGUCAGAGAUGACCAACUGUCUGUCAUCUCUCAGUAGUGACUUCCAUAGUUCAGAGUUCAUACUCCAAGAGGCUAGAGAACUCCGUCAGGUUAUCUGCCAAGUCAGUGGUUGGUUCCCUGCGCUGAAUGACCGUUUUCGAUAGGAUUUCUGACAUUAUCGCUGAUAACUUGGUCAGGAAGCAGUGCCGUCGCUCAACUUCGAUGGUCAUCCAGCCACCCUUCUGGACACCUAACCCUCAUAUUUUUCUGUCUCAUGUGAGCAUAAACCGUCUUGCGGGUUGGAUGUCAAUCCAAAAAUCGAGCUGGAAACCGAGACGACGAACAUGGAUCAAGCGCCUGAAGCUUCACACUGUGAUUUCUGCGGUCGCGUAUUUCGCACCCAUCUCGCUGGCCAAUAGUAAAUAGGCAACUUAGCCUUUUUGAAAUGUGAAUGAACUGCACGCAGCAUGCUGGAAUGUAAGGAGUCCUCUUACACCUGCGCAGAAAGCAGGACUACGCAGUCUUUGGUUGGAUAUACUGCGAACGUUGCCUCCUUCAUAUGGGGGACGCCUUACAAAUCAUGGCGCCGAAGAACUCAGACCGGAACUUUUAGUAUCUGUUGGAAGCCGUUGUAGUAGAGGGUUUUGCGUGCGUGUGUGUCUGUUUGGUACUUAUUUUAACAUCAGAAUAACUAAAAUGUGCGUUUCAACCCUGGACGCAUGUGACAUGCAAAGUAGGCCUUCGACAAACUUCACACGGUUACGAGGCGUGUCCCAUUGGGUGACUUUGUCGUCAGGGAUAAUUGAACUGCCAGGAUGGGAGGUAAGAUCCAUCUACGAGUCGAAGCCUUGGCCGCUACGCAAUGUAUAGUGUUUAGUACGUCGAACCGCAUAGUCGAAUCACACACAUUGUUCCACUACCCCAAGGGGUGCCUUGUCAUACAUGUUGACCGUACUCAAGACCAAACUGUCUUGAAGAAGAAGACACGAUCGCCGGGACAAGAGCUUUAUUAGCCUGACGUUUCGGAUUCCUGCUCGAAUCCAUCAUCAGAGACAUAAGCAGAUAAGGGUGGUUCAUGCACAUGUGGCUGCAGUAUUUAUAGGAUGCCGUAGCCAUGCCACCGCAUACCUAUGAAUGUUCACGACUCCCUCCCCUUCAUCAGGGAUCGUUGCACGUGGCGUAAUGGUCGAUAUUCGCGUCGUUAAUUGCUGCAAUUUCGCUUCUAUUGGCAAUGUAUUUGGGCGCGAUGCGCUCCGAUCGGCCCGGCGAUGGGAAACCUUCGCCCUUCGGGAGGCCUCCACGUAUUCGCAGAUCCGGUUUCUGCACAGGUGUCUCGACAAUAAUGUGUUGCCGAAAUGUGUUUCAUACAAGCCUCCGGUUAACACAGAUUUGGCGAGACGGGCAGUAUACCAAACUGUCAGCUUGCUUGUCCGAGCACUUUGGAAUAAUUUCGUGACUUAUUCAGUCGGCUUGGUGUUGCGUAUUAGCCGCGUCUCAAGUAUUCACACACCGAAGGCGUCACUCUCCUUGCUGUACACUCAGACCUUGGUCUUUGUUCUGCCAUGAUGCGCUUGAAUUAGUCAUGUUAGCCGCGGUGGCAGGUCAUAAUUCAGCAUUAUUGGUCACGCAGAACCCUUAAUAACGUCUUCACCUGCAAAGACAACAUUUGCAACCUUAAUCAUCAUCCAGCGAGUUAACUUCAACUAUCUUUGUGUGUUAAGGUUUGUACAAACCCCUCGUAACCGGGACAGACCGCAGUGAAACGGUUCAUGUCAAACCGGACAGAUGUUAUUGAAGUUGUCUUUAAUUUGGGUUCAUUUGAUUAUUUCCCGCUUACCCGAACAUAGUUAGGCACUCCAAGUAAGUCUGGUUGUCAGCUUUUUGUGUUAGCUGAAACCUUCACUCACUUUCCUAUCCUCCCCUGCAAUGCAUCUCCUUGUCUGCUUUGCAGGUUGAAUGACAGACUGAUCUGUAAUUUAACCGUGUUCGUUAAUGGACCAGCUCUGGUUUUUUCUCAAUUAGUUCUUUUAACCGCAUUAAUCUAGUUCCAAUCAUCGUCGCUCCUCAGCAUCAUGGAUGGGACUGGUAAACUAGUGGAAUCCAAAUUUGCCUUCAUCGUGCAGUCUUAUGCCUCCCCCUUCGAAUUCCUUACAGGCAAUGAUGCGCAUGAAGGCUGAGGCUGAAGAGGACCCAACAAAUGGUUACUUCUCGCACGAACAGAUGCGUGAACGGGAUCCGGAGCUGUGGGAGGACAUGGUUGGACGCUACGCCUCCGCAGAACAACGCCGUGCCCUUUUGGGCCAUCAAUAUGACUCUUUCAGUGGGAUGCUGCUUAGUCAGAUCUUGGAUUCGGAAAUGGCUAGGCCACCAGUCUUUGAGACGGACGAGGUAGGCUCUGUCCAACUCUUAGGAGUGUGGCUGUUUGUGUGACCGUAACUUCCUUCCCCUCCAGGACUCUUCCGCCUCCUCGACAACCGUUGACACUAGGCGUGCGGUAUCCAAGCCCAAGUCCCGACGAACCAAGAGUACUUGUCCACGUUCUUUUCUUCCAUACUUACUUUUGUAGAAGAGGAAGAGCGGCAACGCUCAGAAACAGAAUUUUCCGAAAUUAUGCAUUCUCGGUUUCUCUCCGGACUGGAUAAGGAUUUUGACUACGCGUACGUUGCCUGUCUUCAUUUAGUUCUAUGUCAUCUUUAGCGCAGUGGACAACGAUGAGAGUUUGGAUGAUGAUUCGGACCUCAAUAGAGAUGCGGAGGAGAGUUACUUCGACGCGGAGAGCCCGAAAUCCCUCAGCUUGGACGAUGAGGAAGAGGAGGACACGGGAGGAAAGAAAGCCCCUGCAUCAGAUUCUUGGAGUGAUGGAGAAUUUGAGUCUGUUCUUUCUAAUAAACAGUCCUGA